AUCAGUCGAGAUGCCUAGAAGGAAUGUCACUCCUUAAAGGCGCAAGAUCGGCACGAGAACAGAAACGUAAAGGUUAGAACACCUCGAUACUGUUCGAUCGAGAACAGCCUCAUGACAAUUUUUUUGGAUACGACAGCGGCGGCAAGAGUAGUAAUUCUAAAAAAUUGAGAGUGUUUACCGCUAGACUUUGUUAGAUGAAACAUUCACCCGUGUCAGGAGUUGGUACUAUUCGCUUGUUGUCCACACUUGCAUUCAGACAUGAGCGCGGCUAUACAGUUUAAGGACUUUGUCAUGAAACGUGAAAAUUCGAUGUCUCCCCCUGGGUGGGAGCAUUCAUCUGAGAGUGAGCAGCCGCUGGAUUUCAGCAGAUCCUGUAUGGAUAGAGCUGAUCAAGUAGCCGUGCAAAGGGUACCAUCUCAACCGUGUUCAUCUAUCAAACAACGACAGAACACCAACUCAGAUUUGGAGCAGAGCUGGAUGCCCCGUCACGAAAUCGUAGCUCCGUUUCCUCUUCGGGUCGACCCCAGAUUUCCGGCAGACCUACUUUUGACGGGCUUACCCCUAUCGAAGUCAACAGCACAACAAGACGGCAAUCCACAAUACUAUCAGCAAGCGUUGUUACAACAAAUCAGCAAAAACACUCAACGAAUCAAUUGCCAUUCAUCUGCGUAUCCGACAAGCGGCAUUUUGUCAUCAUCUAAUAAACAAAGCACCGACGUUCGCGAAUCAUCGGAGCAAUCUGAUCACUCGAAUCACAGCAGUAGCAAUUCCAGCCCAGGGUUGAAUGAUUCGACCGACAUCCCCGCACUGAUCAGCGGCAAUGUCCAUCAGCUGUGCGAUUCAUCUACUACACUGACAUCGCAGGCUAUUCGAGCGACUAGGAAACGAGGUAAAGCAUUCCCUGAGGAACUCAAGGAUUCCGCAUACUGGGAGAGACGUCGACGGAAUAAUGCCGCUGCAAAACGCUCUCGUGAUGCCAGACGCGCCAAGGAGGAUGAAACAGCUGUUCGGGCCGCGUUGCUCGAGCAGGAAAACUUUCAGUUACGCAUUGAGACCAACACGCUCCGACAGGAGAUUGAGAGGAUAAAGUCACUUCUUGUCCAACCUCCUCUAGUUCGUACCUAGUGAAAUAAGUGAUCUCAAAUCAAAAACACAAGGCGCCAAAUGUCUUAGCUGAGUGCUAAAUAGAACUUUUAUGCGAUGCAUUGUCAUGUCGUUGGUGGGCUGUUUGCCUGUUACCAGAAGCCCACGUGGCAAUGAAAUUCAACGUUGUACAUAGCUGUAUCCAUAAUAAAACUAUUACAAAACGCGAACGAUGCCCUGGUUUCCAAUUCGCCCCGGCGAUAGUUCAACCGUGACAGGCGAUAGCAGUUCAACACAAAUUGUCAUGUUGAGUGAUGACUGUAGUAUAUUCUGGUGGAUCAAGAAAGUUUAAGCAGCCGUUAUAUGAUAUAAAAUGACGAUGACGAUUGUUUUCGCCAAAGCCCGCGUACAGCAAGCACAUCCUUAAUUACAAACAAUAAUUUAUUUGUAAAUACUAUAGUUAGGAAACGGAAGCGUUGAUAGCGUACAUCAUUUAUUAGUGGAGCACUGGCGUUCUAACUGUGAUAAGUAGCCAGCCGCUGAUGAUGGAUUCGAUUUAAGGUCUUAUGAACACUCGACGAUAGUAAA